AUGACCUCCAUUGAGCUCAUCGAGCAACUGCGUGUGGUUGGGUUACAAUUUUCUGCAUGCUUGGAACAAGAGCGUGAGAAGCGAAAGGAACAUGCUCUGAUUAUGAUUCCUCAAGAAGGAGCUGGAUUUGAGCUAGCUGUACCGCAGGAGAAAGCGGAAAGAACAGAAGGGUCUGAAACCGAGGGCUUCUUGGCUAGUAAUGAUGGAAAACCGUCUGGUCAAAUGACAAAGAAUCGAGAUGAUCAGGUUAUGAAUACAGCUGGCGGUUACGUGUUUGCGGUUUCUGAUGAAACUCGCGUUAGGCGUUUUCUGAUUUUGGGAACAUCCGGUGGCACUUUUUAUGCGUCGGAGAAGGAGCUGACUAUGGACAAUCUUGCGGCUUUGAUUGCAAUUAUCGAGAAAGGCAGCGCUACAAUGAUUCUUCAUGAGUUGCGGGAAAUUUCUCUAGCUGGCCGAAAUCCGAAGCAAGAUCCGCUGAUGUUUGCACUGGCGCUCUGUGCUAGAUAUCGUGUCUGUGACGUGAAUAAAACUCAUGCCGACCUCUCAAACCUCUACACAGCAUAUCUGAAAGCAAUGCACAAAGCUGCACUCUCGCUGGUGAAUGAGGUUUGUCGCAUUCCCACUCAUCUUUUCGCUUUUGUCGAGUAUUGCGAAUUGAUUUCAAGGGAAACGGCCGCCAACCCGGCCCAGAAAUCCACUGGAUGGGGCCGAUCUUUGCGAGAAACCAUUUGCAACUGGUACACCUCAAAGUCGCCAAAACAGCUGGCUCAAGCUGUAACAAAAUAUGGGCAACGGGGUGGUUGGUCUCAUCGUGAUCUAUUCAGGCUAAGCCAUCCAAAGGUUCCUGUGUCAGCCGAUGAUCCAUCACUUCUAGAGCUACAGCAAAUCUAUCACUAUAUUGUAAAAGGCACUCUCAAGACAAGAAAGCGCCGUCUUUCUGCAGUUGAACAAGCAGAGCAACAACCUGCAAACACGUAUACGUCUGAUCAAAUGGAUAGAGAAAACGAUUCCGAGGCUUUGGAUCUUAUCGAAACAUUCAAAUCGUUGUCGCAGGAGACUCCCGAAAAUGAUGUAGUAGACGCAAUUAAGAAGAAAGGUCUUGUACGGGAGCAUAUUCCUUCUCAACACCUCAACUCGGUCAGCAUCUGGGAAGCGCUGCUCGAGAAAAUGCCCAUGACGGCUAUGCUUCGAAACUUGAGCAAAAUGCAAGCAUUGGAUAUGCUUAAAGGAACCAAAAUCACCGAGUUGUGCGACAAGCUCACCGAUGAGGCGGCUAUCCGAGUAUCCAGGGUCCAUCCAAUUCAAAUUCUCAUCGCUCAUCACAUGUAUUCGCAAGGUCGCGGAGACAAAGGAAAAUUGACAUGGCGUCCAAAUCCAACAAUAGAAAAUGCUUUGGAAAAAGCUUUUUACGCGUCCUUCAAAAAUGUCGAAGCAACGGGGAAACGAUUUUGUUUUGCAUUCGAUGUUAGCAGCAGCAUGAAUAGUAGUGUAUCUGGAUCGUCAAUCACGAAUCGCAAAGCAUCGGUGGCAAUGGGAAUGAUUGGCUUGAGAACUGAAGAAAAUGUUGAAGUCGUUGCUUUCUGCGAUCAACUUACUGAGAUACCGUUUGAUAAGUCGUGGACACUCGAGCAGACGUGCAAUUAUUUUGAUCGCCUCGAUUUCGGGUCAACGGAUUGUGCCCAGCCGAUGAUUUGGGCGAGGGAGAAUCGCAAGGAUAUUGACUGUUUCAUGGUUUUCACGGAUAACGAGACGUACUUUGGCGAGGUGCAUCCAUACGAAGCUCUGCAAAAAUACCGCGAGUCAUCGGGCAUUGCAGAUGCAAAACUAAUUGUGCUCGGCAUGACUAGCACAGGUUUUACAAUCGCGGAUCCAAAUGACGCUGGAAUGCUCGACAUUUGUGGCUUCGAUGCCGCGAUUCCGGAACUCGUGGCCAGCUUCGUGAAAGGGCUUCUU